AAAUCAGUUGUAGCUGAAACGUUGCUUAUCUUGUAACAACUACUCGUCUGUUUACUUGUGGAUGUGUGUGUAAAAAAAAAUAAAGUUUAAAUAAUAAUAGAAAAGUUGUUAUAAUAAUAUUUCGAAAAUGACAAAAAUGCACUCAGCCUUGCUUUGCCUCUCCCUAUUCACGAUCUCAUGCAGCGCUCAAUUUUAUUUCCAACAACCAGUGCAACUGCCCUAUCAACAGCAUCAAUACCUACAAUAUACUACUUCACCACCAGAUUUCAAACCAAUAUCUGAGCCCAAUCAGGAGGGCCCACCGCAUCCUUCAGUUGUAGCAAAUGCUCAGCGGGAUUCACUUUUACCACCCGAAUUGUCGAAGAGUCGGCGCUUCUAUAGCAAUCCUCGUAUCGCCGCUGCACUUGCCAAAGAAUCACUACUGACACCCAAAGAGAUGGUCGUAUUCGAUCGAGAAGCAGAAAAAAUCGAUCGCAAUCAAAUUUAUAAAAUCUUCCACAAUGCCGGUUGGGCGUAAACGACACGUUUGCUGUACAUUAUGUAACAAUUCGCUCACUUGAGAACGAAGUGCUUUGCUUAGCAUGUGUCUUGUUUUUGUUGUUAAUCUCUUGCCAAUUACACUCAUCUAAUUAUAUUUUAUAAUGCUCAUAUCUAUGUAGCUGUAAGUUGUUGAAAAGAGUAUUUAUUGUUGUUAGAAUUAAUAAAUUACGGUUUAUAAAACUUUAAAAAA